AUGAGUGAGGAGUGCGUGAGCGUGGCGGGGGAGCGCGUGGAGAGCCCCCAGGUGCUGCUGGAGAUGCUGGACACGCUGUGCUCGCUGCAGGGCUGCGUCUCCUACGCCGACGUGUGCGUGUGCCUGAGCCGCCGCUUCCCGCUGCCGGCGCUGUGCGAGCUGCGUUCGCUGCUCUACUCCACGGCGUGCCGCGACCCCUGCUUCCCCGCCACGCUCUUCCGCGGCCGCCUGCACCCGGCCGCCACCUCCAGUCUCUCCGCGGCAGCCGACGUGGUCUCCCUCUUCAACCUCAUCACCAUCACGCGCCCGCCCUUCUACACCCUCCCCCUGCCCGCCGAUGCCGGCCAGUCCCUGGCCUUCUCCCAGGCCGCGUUCGGGUACCUCGGGCAGGAUUGGCCAGCCGGAGUGGUGGGUGGAGCAGCAGCGGGAGCAGCAGCAGCAGCAGGAGCAGCAACAGUGGUCAGUCCAGCCGGCGCACAGGCGCACCACUUCACACUCCCCGCGCACCACCCGUACGCACACACACUGGCGCCCAGCAUGCAGGAGGCGCUCGGUGGAGACCCCGUCGGCACAGCUGCUGCUGCAGGGAGCUCCUCCGUGGUGAUGAUGGAGCCCUCUGAGCUCAGUGCAGGGCUGGAGCGCGUGGCGGCCAAGCGCAACGUCUUCAAGGCAGACUUCCACAACGUGCCCCCGCUGGUGGACGCAGCGGACCCGUCGGCCAACCAGCUGCAGCAGGGCUCCAGCAACGAGAGCGUGGACACCGCCGCGCCGAUGAGAGGCAAGAACGAGGACAUCCUCUUCCUGUCCCUGAAGAACCCCUACCCGGACCCUGCCAACGCACAGGCACAGGCGGCGCGCGCCCACUCCCCGCUCUCACACACCUACGCAGAGGUGCGCAGGGACCGGGACCGGGACAGAGUCAAGCACGAGAGCGUGGACGGGGUGGAUGGCUCCUCCUACUUCGGGCCCUCUGCACGUGACUGGCCCCCGGCCGGCCACACCCUGCUGCCCCACAAGAGCCACAGCCUGGAGGAGGACGGCAGCAGAGAUCGUUACCAUGGGGACUUGAGGGACUACGAGGGGCUGAAGGGGUCCCUGUCUGUGGAGUCUGGAGUAGGCGGAGCAGGGUUGGGGGUGGGGCAAAGCGGACUGCCAGACUUCCACCCGGUGGGAACCGCCUACGGAGGCCAGUCUGGACCUAUCGGAUCUAGCCUGGGGGAUUCUGGAGCCAUCGCGUCUAGCUUGGGGGGCUCUAGCACAUUGGGAUCGGCCCAGGCGCUCUCUGGACUAACUGGGUCCGGUUUCAGCAUCUCCGAGUCCAGCGCAGGAGGCUCUGCCGCCGCUGCCCCGGUGGGAUCCAGACUGAGCGGCUCUGGGCCCAUCGGGCUGCAGACUCCCGGCUUCGAGGAGGUCCGCGCCGCCCUGAAGCGGCUGAGCGGGCGGAGCAUGGACAUCCUGUCGCCGGAUUGGACCUCGGGGGCCGAGGGCGUGUCCAGCGUCUGCACGCAGACGGACGCGGCCUCCCGCCUACGCAGCCUCAACAAGCUCUCCUUCGACAACUCCGACAUCGGCGAGGACGACAUCAGCGCCAUAUUCCGUUUCCUCGACGACAUAAGCAUGUGCGGCUCAGUGGCCGCGCUGGUACCGGAGGGCACAGGUGUCGGGGGAUGUGGAGGAGGGGUGGAGGCAGGGGGGGGUCCCAGCUCCCCGGACAGACGGUCGCGUCUGGGCAAACUCAAGAGGCUCUUCCAUUCGCUGGAGGCCCCCGAGGAGGUGAGCUUUGGGGCGGGGCUGGGCGCGGGGUUGGGCCGCCUGCUGGUGCGCGUGUCGGAGGUGGAGAAGCGGCUGGAGCCCCUGGGGGACUUGACGGACACGCUGGCGCACAUCCUGGCGGCCCUGCAGCGGCUGGAGGUGCAGACCAACACGCUGACGCGCAAACACCCCGCCCUCAUGGAGGCGGCGGCGGCCGCGGUGGAUCGACAGGCCCAGCUGCAGCAGCAGCCGUCAAUCAAGGGCAACCCCGCCUCCAUCAGGGAGGGGCGUAGCGUGGGCACGUCAACCGCCAUGGCGACCAGCACGGCGGCCAAGAGAAGGGGCGUGGUGACACGCCGGGAUAUGACUGAGAGCAGCAGCACGUGGAGCGUCAGUUACAGCAAGGAGCAGCACACACACACCACACAGACUGGUGAACACGCUACUGCUAUUGCCGUGGCGGAGAGCUGCAUGGCCGACACUGGACCCCGUCUUCCUAAAAAAGGACUGGGCAAUCGAACGGAGUCAACAGAGGGCCUGAUCUCAGAGCAGUCGUUAACCCCUGCCAUGCUGGUUGAGGCCCACCGAGCGCAGCCAGUCAGGGGGGCACGCAGCCCCAACCUCAGCCAGCGAGACACAUCCUGGAGCCAGUCGGAGAUCACACCUCUGGAGCUGCAGGCACCUGACCCCCUGGAUUUCUGGAUGGAUGAGAUCUACACUCCUGCGUCGGACAGGCUCCUGCAUCACAAGCGGUCCUCGCGGAAGUGUGCCCCCGCCAGAGCGUAUCGCAUCGCAGCCCUCUGCGUCACCGCAGCCGCCAUCCUAGUGCUCAUUAUUGUCAUCCCCAUCACAACGGCAUAGCCGCUCAUUCCCUGCCCUCUCCUUUUAUCUUUCUUGAUUUCUCUCUGUCUUUCUUCCUAUUUUUUCUCUGCUUCCAUCUCUCUCUCUCUC